UACUGGAUUUAAGUGCUUCCGGUUGAGGAAACAACAACAAGCGAAGUUGAUGAGUGAAAGUGAUGGCACUAUCUCAAAAUUUAACAGUUCUUUGAUAAGAAAUGGAAAAUAACAGCAUACAAACUGGCUUGUAAAAUAAUGAAUGCUGCCAUUGCUGAUAUAUCAAGUGAAAAACUGGUUCACACAGGAAAACCUUUACAAAGUUCUCCUUCAAGAGCCCCUAGAUCUUACACCAAGUAUGGAGAGCUAGUUGUCUUAGGUUACAAUGGUCACUUACCUAGCGGUGACAAAGGAAGAAGAAAGAGUAAAUUUAUCUUACAUAAAAAACAGACAGGAAAUGGAGUCAAACCAUUCCGGAAACAUAUUGUUAAAAACCCGCAUUCCGCUAAGGCAGUACAAGAUCUACAUCAACACUCUGUGACAUACACCUUGUCUAGAAACCAGGCUGUGAUAGUGGAAUACAAACAUGAUGCCGACACAGAUAUGUUUCAGAUCGGGAGAUCAUCAGAAACACCAAUUGAUUUUGUUGUCAUGGAUACCAUUCCUGGAAAUGAGAGGCUGGCUACAGAUAAUAUAACACAGAGUACAAUAUCACGGUUUUCUUGUAGAAUUGUUGUUGAUAGAGAUCCACCAUGUACUGCUAGAAUCUAUGCUGCAGGAUUUGAUUCUGGCAACAAUAUUUUCUUAGGGGAAAAGGCAGUAAAGUGGUACUUGGGAGAACAGAUAGAUGGUUUAACAACAAAUGGUGUUUUUAUAAUGAAGCCUCAUGGUGGGUUCAAUGCCACUGCCUCCCCUGGUGUUUGGAGAGAGAUAUCUGUUGGUGGUGCUGUGUAUCCACUCAGAGAAUCAAGAUCAGCCCCUUUAAAGAGCAAUCAGAUUACAGAAGAAGACAAUAUAUUAUAUGACGGUACUCUGAUAGACCUUUGUGGAGCUACGUUACUAUGGAGAUCUGCGAUGGGAUUAGAUGCAUCUCCGAGCGAGCACGAGUUUGAGAACCUAGUGGAGACUAUAAACGCUGGUCGUCCUCAGUGUCCUGUAGGUUUAAUGACUCUUGUUUUACCAAGUAAAGGAACAUUGGGUGCUGCAGAUAAACAACCCUAUGUUUAUCUAAAAUGUGGGCAUGUUCACGGUCAACAUGAAUGGGGACAGAAAGAUGAUAGUAGGACUUGUCCUCUAUGUCUAAUGGAUGGUCCAUUUAUAAAGUUAAAGAUGGGAUGUGAACUAAGUGUGUAUGUAGAUUCUGACCUUCCUACUCAUUGCUAUAAUCCAUGUGGUCACAUGGCAUCUAAAAACACAGCAAAAUACUGGUCACAAGUUCCUGUCCCUCAUGGUUGUCAAGGUUUCCAGACAGUUUGUCCAUUCUGUGCGACACCGUUAUUAGAUCCUCCAUUUAUUCAGUUGAUAUUCCAGGACAACAUUGAAUAAUCUGACACCUCUCUCUCUUCAUUCCAAUUGCUCUGUAUAGGCAGGGAUACAGAAAAUCCUACAUUGUUUUUCUUUACCAACAAUUCUGAAAUAGGAAACAGUUUGUAAUUGAUAAUCUCCUACGUUUAACUUUGAUAAAGAUAUCAAAGAAUUAAUGUUAAUUUGUUUGCUUAAAAUCAAUGCAAUUUUAAAACAGGAGGAAAAUGAAACAAAAAUAUCCAAUUUUAUCCAUUUCUUCAAAAUGGUUUGAGGUGGCCUCGUUAGCAGAAUGGUCUAAGAAGUUGAUUCACUGUAUCACUUGCCUGUCAACACCGAGGUUGUGAGUUUGAACCCUGCACAUAGCAGGUCCUUUUUACUUCAAUCUGUAUAAACUAGCUUUUUUGCUGGAGGUAAAGGUUCUCUCCUGGCAUUAUGGCUUGUUUCACGACUAAAGACUGGCCACUAUGACAGGCUCUUUUUUUUUACCAAUAAAGACUGACCACUAUGACAGGCUCUUUCCACCAAGACUGAUCACCAUCUUAAAACCAAUAGUGAUGAAAGUGGUCUUAAAGACCAACAAUCAAUCAAUUGAUUUGAAGCUUUUGAUGUAGCUGUCUCUUGCCCAAUGAGAUUCUUCCCGCCAUUUUUAUGUCAGCCAAUCUAUUGUCUUCGUUCCUAUUUUGUACACAUUGUCAGAGAUGUAAUGCAUUACUUUGUGAUUUUCAUUCAUAUCUUAUUGUAACUUAUUUGUUAAAUACCAUAUAUAAAACUACUAUUUUUUGCACUUUCUAAGAAGGCUGCUUUUCUUCAAUCAUGCAUGACAAUUAUUUAUUAUAUGAGCUGCGUCCGAUAAAAAUCAACCUUAUGCAAGUGUACGUAGGUAUGUAAAUGCAUAAUACUGAUUAAUAUUUUGGAACAUUCAUAUACGAAAUACGAUAACAAAAAUAAUGAGGUUUGGUCUGUUUUUAAGCAUUCGAUAAAUAAUAUAACUAUAGCACAAAGCCCUAGACUUUCUGUUGAACUUCUUUUCAAAACCAAAUAGGUUAACCAUGUAUUGUGUAAAUUUGCAUAAUGUCGAUUUCAAUCCGAUGCUGCUCAUAUAAUGAAGUAAUAAUAUUUGUGAAAACAAAUUUUUGAGGUUUGUUAGAAAAAAAUAUCCACAUAUGACAUUGUGUUGUUAAUUUUUAUCUUGAACAAAUCAAAUUAUUAAAUUGAAAUAUUUCUUCCUUUGAUAGACAAAUUUGAAAUCAUGAACUCUUUAACAAUCACUGAAAUUUUAAGUAUUGUCAAAAUAAUUGUGCUGUUAUUUUCAGUAUAGUGCAUAAUAUCAUACAGUUAUAUUUUUGUAUUGUUUGCCAGGGUAAACACAUUGCUUUAAAUAGUGUGUUAUAUUUUUAAAGUUCUUGUAUUAACUGCAUAAUGCCAUAGAAAAAUAUCUCGCAAUUUAGAUUGAAAUAAUUAUCCAUAUGACCCUCUAACUUUAAUACACCAUUUCAGAAAAUAAUGGUGUAAUUUCAUAUAAGUAUGAAAGCUAUUAACAUAACCAUGUGUCAGUAAUGGAAGAUAUAUUCUAAGCUGAAAGCAAUAGAUAGCAUUUAAGCUAAAAGUCGUCACAUUUAAAGACAUUUAUCUGUCUCAGAUAAGAAUUUCCAUUGCAUAAUACACACACAAGUAUUCAUUUAUAUAAAAAUGUACCAUAUUAAUUCUCUGCAAUAGUAUUUAAAUGUUAUUUAACACAUCUGACUGAAUGAGUGUUAGUCUUGGCAUUGUGAUCAAUGUGUAUAUGAACAAUUAUACACCAUGUGAACAAUGUUAGUCUUGGCAUUUGCACAUGCUGUGAACAAUGUACAUGUGAACAAUUAUACACCAUGUGAACAAUGUCAGUCUUAGCAUUGGUAUUUUCUGGUACUGUUAGUAUUAAAACUUGUACACCCCUUGAAAAAUGUUAUUAUUGAAACUUAUAUAUCCAUUGAACAAUGCUUGUAUUGAAAUUGUACACCCUGCAACAUUGUUUUAAAGUGUUGACCCCUGUGCACCAUUAGAAACAUUUCACUUUUAAAUUGUCAGCAGAAAUUGUAUGGGAGACACAGGGUUCUAUGGAACUCUUAACUAUUUUCUAAAAUUUCACGAUCUGCAUUUAUCUCUUAAGUUAUCAGUUGUUACCUCAACACAUUGCACAGGGUAAUAAAUUAAUCUCUGAGUUUUAUUUUAUACUUUGAUUUUAAGAUUUUUGAAUUUUCAUACACAGACCUAAAAUUUAAUGAGGUGUAUUUGUCUAAGAAGAUAUUUUUGAUGAAUGAGGUUAAAAAUCUAUGAAUUUAAAAUGAUAUGCCAAUGGAUCAAACUAACAUUAAGUUACUUAUUUAUUAGAGCUAGUUUCUUAAUGUUUGUAAAUUAAGAAUUUGGUUGGCCUGUUUGCUUUCUUUGUAUUAAAAUUUUCUCAAGAAUUGCAAUUAAGGUUGACAUCUGCAUGCAUUAUAGAAUAGGUGGAGUUAAACCUGUUUACAUUAUACUUGUAUUGGAUUGGAUGUUAUUCUGGAGAUAAGGAAUACCUAAUUGUACAUGUAAACGUAACAAGACAGACAAUGAAAGUAAGGUUUAACUCUGUCCUAUCUAAAUUGUUUGCAGUGGUCAAUUUUUAUUACAAUGUGUGAGCAAACGUUCAUACAAACAAAGCAAGCAUAACAACCAAAGUUUUAAUCUACAAGCAUUUGUGAAUUAGCUCUAAUAGUUUGUAAAUAAUGGAAAAGCUAUUUUGUUUGUGAAUAAAUGUUAACUGUAUGUUUUAAAAUCAAGUGGUUUUGAAUUGCUUUGUGAAUAAAUGUUAAAUGUAUGUAUUAAAAUCAAGUGGUUUUGAAUUGCUUUGUGUAAACGUUGGAAUUGGAUUUUGUGUAAUUGGUUACUUUCUAUGAAAGUAAACUUUGAAUGUUUAGUAUGUUGUUGCUAAGCACGAAUGUAAUUAUUGUAAUAAUAAAGUUUAAUUAAUGAUCUGAAUUUUAACAUAGAGAUAUGGGUACUUUGUUGCUAUGUUUAAAUGUUACAUUGCAUUCUGGGUACGUUGUUGCUAUGUUUGAUUGUUUCAUUACAUUCUGGGUACGUUGUUGCUAUGUUUGAAUGUUGCAUUGCAUUCUGGGUACCUUGUUGCUAUGUUUGAAUGUUGCAUUGCAUUCUGGGUACCUUGUUGCUAUGUUUGAUUGUUUCAUUGCAUUCUGGGUAUUUUCAUUGUAAGCCAGUAAAUAUGAUCAUUGUGCAAUUUAGAUAUCAGGUAUUGUUGUUUGUUGUUUAAUUUGUUAUUGUUCAUUAAUUUUAUCUUCUUUUUCCAUAUGAUUUAUUGUAUCAAUUUUAAAUUCUAGAAAAAAUAAGAAAUAUGUAUUCAUUUGUUAUUUAUUAUUAAGAAUGUUAUAAGACAAAAUUAUAAAGAACAUUUUUUUCCACAGGGGGCCUUUUCAUAUAUAAUGUAUGGGCCACUGUUUUGGAAUGUCCAAUACAUCAAUGGGGUACAAUUAAAUAAGACAUCUGUACCUACAUCUUGGUGUUGAUAACACUUUUUUUUUUUAAAGUAUUGUAAUUGUUUUGU